UCGGCCUACAUCCUAUCACCGCCGAUACCCCAUACAUACCCAAAUUCCUGCGAAACGUUAGUGUAAACAGCGCCGUGCGGGGUCAUUUCAGUACCGACAUCGCAGCGUGGGGUGAUUGUGGGCUGUUUGAUACUAGGGACACUUUUCGAUUCCUCAGACCUGUUCCUUCUCAAAACAAAUAUACACUGUUCUAGAGGCUAUCCCCUUGACUAGGCCAGCAUGUUUGAAUCCUCAAAACCCUAUUCGGCAGUGACCGUACAAAUUGAGGUCCUUACGAGCGAACAAUAUGAGGUCGAAGAUUCGAGUGGUAUUGUCGAUCUAGUGGAAGUAGUUCGCAUCCAGGCCAGUGGCCCGAUGGAAGCAAGUCGGGCUCUUCGCAAGAAGCUAAAAUAUGGCAACAUCCAUCGACAACUGCGCGCGCUUACUAUUCUCGACUUCCUGGUUCAGAAUGCAGGAGAGCGCUUCUUGCGUGAUUUCGCCGAUGAGGCAUUGCUCGAACGUCUGCGAAUUGCAGCUACUGAUUCCGUUUCGGAUCCACUUGUGAAACAGAAAUGCAAACAGAUUUUCGGACAAUGGGCGGCAACUUAUAAGGACACCCCUGGUAUGGCGAAGGUUACGGCGCUAUACAAGCAAGUUCCCAAGCGAAAGCAGCCUGCGACGCAGGCAAAAGCCAAGGUUCUCCGCGAGGGGUCGAAUUCGAAUUCAAACGAGCCCCCGAUGGGUCAUGUUGUAUCCGUGUCAGCGGGCAGUGGGCCAUCCACUGUGCUGACCAGUCCCAAAGAAAAGUCCAAGUCCAGGAAAGUCAAGAAAGAUAAGAAACUUUCAAUUAGCCACAAGAGGUUUGAUCUGGAAAGGGAGCGCCCGGAGAUCCUGCAAACGCUUGCUGCCUCUUCUGUCGCUAGCACCAACCUGUUGAAUGCCCUUAAACUCGUCAAUCGCGAGACGCACCGAGUGAGUGAGGAUGCGGAAUGCAGUAACCGAUUCGAUACAUGCAAACAGCUUCGCCAUGGGAUCCUUCGAUAUAUCCAGUAUAUAGAAACAGAAGAGUUCCUGGGCGGCCUGAUCCAUGCAAAUGAGGAGCUGGUGGAUGCAUUGAUGGCAUUCGAGGUGCUAGACAAGAGUGUGGACUAUGACAGUGAUAGUGAGGACGACAUUUUGGAAGGCAAUUGGAGGCAAAGACAUGGACUGCAAGACACGGACGUGAAUAACGGCCUUGCUGGGCUUAAUAUCAAUCCUCAAAAACCGCCACGGCCAAAUCGUCCUGAUAGCCUGCCUCUUGCAUCGUCAUCGCAACACACACGCCAAAUCUUCGACAGCGAGAGUGAGUCGGAGGAAGAAGAUGAUGAUGACAAUCCCUUUGGGGACAGGAAUGCUAUUAAGACCCCGGCCAUUGAGAAAUCCGGACUUAGUUGGAAAGAGGUCUGAUCCAUGUGGUUACGAUGCUGAAGUUAGGCUGGUCUUUACUUUCGCCGGUUUUGGUUUCUUUCAUACAUUUUCUGAUCUUGUGCUUGAUCGGUAUACCCAAAGCUAUCGUGUUGCUGAAAGGUGAACAUCCAUUUUGAUCGCUAGAGUCUCGCGUGUGUAUAUUCUUAAAUCGAUUGGAAAUUGAUUGCA